GCCGCUGCGAGACGGCGCCGGCCGUCGGCGCGGAGGGUGGCGCGCUCUCGGAGGCCGCCGUCGUGGUCGUGGGCGUCCUGAGCCAACAAGGUGCGGACGAUUAGCAAGUCCACGACGCCGCGUUGCCGAGCAGACUGAGAGACAGGGACCCACGUGCUCCGGACAGGCAGCGCGCUGGACAGCAGGCUGGUGUCGGGGCGCGCAGUGCUCCUGUCCGGCCUCCUGCUGUCCGUCAUGCUGCAGAGCUUCUACACGUCCGCCAUCGUCACCUCGCUGCUGACGCCCAUCCCCCGCACCAUCCGCACCGUGCACGACCUCAUGCGCAGCCCGCUCAAGGUGGGCCUCGAGGACUACUCGUACAACAGGGCCGUCUUCCCGAGCUCGGCCGACCCCCUCACGGCGCAGCUCUACCGCGGCAAGAUCCUGCCCGCCUGGCCGGAGGGGGGCUUCUUCUCGGUGUCGGACGGCGUGCGGCGAGUGCGCCGGGGGGGCUUCGCCUUCUACUCGGAGGACUCCUCGCUGUACACGCCCAUCCAGAACACGUUCAGCGACGACGAGAAGUGCAGCCUGUCCGAGGUGGAGCUCAACCCGGCCUUCGUCACGGCGGCGACCCUGGCCAAGAGCUCGCCCUACAAGGAGAUCUUCAACCGCGGGUAGGCGGGGCGGGGGGCGUCAUUCACUUCCUUAGCGCCGGGGCGCCAAGUCCCGACGGCUUCGGCCGUGACCUGGGCGUGGGGUACUUCACUCCAAAAUAUCACU